GGGCAGCCGCAGCAGCUUGACGCAAACACUCACCUCGGCGCCUUUGCGGAGGGCGCGCCGGCGGCGACGCGCGACGCGCUCUGGCGCGCCGUCGGCAAGGCGGCCCGCGAGGCGGCGGCAAAGAGCGAGCCGACGUGGAUCUCAACCGAGGGGACAGGUGUGCCGUGGCUGCACGUCCGGUUCGACCGGAGGCCAAAGUACUUUCACCACGAGCCGUUCCGCCGGAGGCCGCCGAAGCCCGACGCGCCCCGCCGCCGCAUGGCGGGCAUCUGA